UGCACAUUAUGAACAGUCACACUCUACCAUCCUCUCUCUGCAGUAACCACUGCAAACCGUCUACCCUGAGAAACAGAGGGGGAGGAAAAAGCGAUAGAUACAUGGAUGAAUGAAGACAGGAGGAACAGAGCACAAAAUAAAAGGAGGACGGGGAAAAAAAGGGAAUUAUCACAGUGUUUUUCCUUCUUCUCUCGUUUGUUCUCUUCCUCUCCUUUCAUCCCUCUCUCUCUUUUUCAUCUUUUUCAUUCAAUACCUGUACGCAGGGAUUAAAAAUGACUUAAAAUGCAAUCUACGGACGGAGAGAUCUGGACGGAGGUAGAAAUGAGAAAGGGGAUGAGGAAAGAGAGAGGGUUUGUCCUCUGAAGAGAUUUCGUGUUGUACAGCUGGCGAGAGAACGAGGGAACGAGAGAGAGAGACAGCGGCAGGGAGAGAGAGGUGAAGAAGUGUACUCUAGAGAGAGAGAGAGAGAGGGAGAGAGAGAGAGCGAGAAGGAGAGAGAGAGAGAGAGAGAAAGAGAGAGCGAGAGAGAGAGAGAGAGUUGCCUGUUUUUUCCUGAGGAACAGCACAUUGGACGGAUCAGGAUAAAGAGAAGAUCGGACAUUCCGUGAUUCCGUGAUUCCGUACAGAUGAAUCCGGAUGACUAGGUGAAGAACAACAACAAGGACAACAACAACAACCCCUCACUCGUUCCUCAACACCUCCAUCCACGUUCCUUAUUGUUCAGCCCUUGUCCUGGGUUGUUUGACCCACCAAGGGGACAGGGAAGCUUAACCCGGGUUGUUUGACCCACCAAAGGGACACGGAAACUUUGGGAAAGAAAGAACAUAUUCUGUUACAUUUCCACGAUGCUCGGAAUAACAUUUGUGAUGCGGAACGCGUGGAAUGAUUCCCUGAAGAGAGGGAAGCUGACAUAACAGAGGGAUAGAGGGAGGAUACGACUGAAGGAAAGGAAGAGAGAGACAUAUGAGCAAUCUACGGUGGAACAGGGAGGGAGAGAGAGGGAGGAGGAGAGGAUCUGCCUGUUCAUGAUCUUCAUUCCCUUGAUAUCAAUAUUAUGAUAUAUUCAUACGAGAAUUCCCAGAAUUCCCAAACAGGAAAUGGCGAUGGAAAAUUAUGGAAAAGCAAACAAAUUGAAUUUCUUCAGAUUUUUGUGUUUUUUUGGGGGGAUUUUCCAGAUUCUCUUUGGGGAAUAAUGUGAAUGAGAUUGAGUGAAAAUUCUCUUUCUCUCCCUGGAACUAAACAAAUAUAAAAUCGUGGAGUGUGUGACUCAGCGACCCAAAUCCGCCUCUUUGAUGUGUGUGUGUCGGAAGGGAGUCACACACACACACUGUCGGGAGUACACACACACAUACCAGGAUACACACCUGGGGCGGAAUCAGGCACACACACACCUGGUUGGAGGAAAGGUGUGACACAGACAGAAAAGGUCUGCGGAUAAUUCUCAAUAUUACCAUGCCAGACCCCCCACCCCACCACCCCACCCGAAGACGACACCCAUCACCCCACACACACCUACACCCACAGAGAAGGACAGAACAUUCCAUCCUCUCCUCCGUCCAUCCCUCCAUCACUCCUUCAAUCACACUUCAGAAUGACAGUGAAAGACUUCCCCAAUCCCUUCCUCGAUCUUUCUCCUCGCAUCUCAUUCUGUGUUCCCCGGAAACCCCUCCCAACCCUACCCUUCCCUCGCAUCUCAUUCCCUGUGUUUGCCCAUCUCCUGCUUUUCCGGCCCUCCAUUGGCUGACACUGGUCACAUGCUGCUGCCUGUUGCCCUCUCUGAUUGGUGCAGGGGAGAUGUGGGACGUGGUUGCGGUGUGUCCAUUCCACUGCGUCUGUCGGAACCUGUCAGACUCUCUGAGCACGCUCUGUGCAGAUAAAGGCCUCCUAUUCGUUCCACCGAAUGUCGAUCGGCGAACUGUUGAGCUCCGAUUGGCAGAUAACUACAUCACGGAAGUAGGUGGGUCGGACUUUGCCAACAUGACCGGAUUGGUUGAUUUGACUCUGUCCCGGAACACUAUCCACUCCAUCCGACCAAUGGCAUUCUCCGAUCUAGAGAGUUUGCGAAGUUUGCAUUUGGACGGUAACCGCUUGACGACGCUGGGGCCGAGAGACCUUGUGGGAAUGGUUAAUCUACAGCACCUCAUCGUCAACGGUAACCAGCUGACGAGGGUGUCGGCAGAAGCAUUCGAUGAUUUCCUGCUGACGCUGGAGGACCUGGAUAUCUCAUACAACAACCUCCGAAGGGUCCCGUGGGAGUCGAUCCAGAACAUGGCCAGUCUCCACACCCUGAACCUGGAUCAUAAUCUGAUAGACCACAUCGCAGAGGGAUCCUUUGGAGAACUGUACAAGCUGGCUCGCCUGGACAUGACCUCCAAUAGGCUGAGGACCCUGCCACCUGAUCCCCUGUUUGCAAGGUCUCAGACGGGAGCCAUCAGUCCCACUCCCUACAACAGCGUAAUCAGCCUGAACUUCGGAGGGAACCCGUUACACUGCAACUGUGAGUUGCUAUGGUUACGGCGGCUGGUCCGAGAGGACGACAUGGAGACGUGCGCCACGCCCCCUCAGCUGGCCGGCAGGUAUUUCUGGUCCAUCCCUGAGGAGGAGUUCACCUGUGAACCGCCCCUCAUCACCAGACACAGCCACAAGCUCUGGGUCCUGGAAGGUCAAAGGGCAACCCUGAAAUGCAGAGCCAUCGGCGACCCCGAACCCGUCAUCCAUUUUGUCUCACCCGGCGAUCGGAUUGUGGCGAAUUCCAGCCGCGCGACAUCGUACCGGAACGGAACAUUGGAUCUCUUAGUUACGGUUGCUAGGGACGACGGAGCGUACACGUGCAUAGCAAUAAACGCAGCGGGGGAAGCUACCGCCACGGUGGAUCUAAAGAUUGUUCCGUUGCCGCACCGGAACGGGAAUGUGACGGUUACCGGGAACACUGGGAAUUCUAAUGGGAAUAUUCCGGGUUCUUCGGACAUCACCACCGGGAAAAGUGGGAAUUCCGGAGUUAAUGGUGUAAAUGUGAGAGAAACAGAGGAAGGGAAAGGAGAAGAGGGAGAGGGGGGUGAGGAGGAGGAGGAGGAGGACGGAGGGACUAGGAUGGAGGAAGGAGAGAGGAUUGUAGGGAUACAAGGAGUCACUUCUACCUCAGCCCAGGUGAGAUGGGACCUCGGCCGAUCGGCUGGAGUUUACCUGGUGUGGAUGUUUCAGAUACAGUACAACUGCACAGCCGACGAGGCGCUGGUGUACAGAAAUGAUCUACAGUCAUUCAACCUUUUUUUUUCCUCUAAAUUUCACUCUUUUUUCAAGGUUCUUGGCUGCGCCCAGUUCAGCACUAAAGAACUCUACCCAGAAUGCAAAUCUCUGCAGGCCCACUUCCUGGGUGGAACCCUGACAAUCCUGGUCGGAGGCAUUAUAGUGGUAACACUGCUGGUGUUCACCGUGGCGCUGAUGGUGCGUCACCGUGUAUGCAGUAACCACGGUGACCAAUGUGACCACGGGGAUGAUGGUGACGAGCCGGCAUGUUGCCAGGGCGGGUCAUUAGGGAGUCCGGUGAAAGGGGCGGCGGCCGGAGGUGGCGGAGGAGUCUACAGCCAAUCGAAUGGCAAUGGGGAUGUGAUGAUGGUGGUCUUGCCCAAUGGGCUGCCUUCGAAGCAGCGAGGGGGGCGGGGAGAAGGAGAGAGAAAAGGAGAAAGGAGGGGCUGAUGUACCUCCUAAUUUACCCCCCAAACCAAAACCUAAAGCCCAAACUCUGCCCAGGCCUAUAGUAACCUGGGAGGGCAGGGGAGAGAAGGGGGGAGGACAGGGUGAGAGACAACUUCCUCCCUACACCCCCGAAGCAGAACGAGACUCUGCCUACUAUGCUCCUGUCGUAAGCUUGUCCCCUUCCACCCUCCCCCGCCAAUCACGAGUAGGAACAGGAACGGGGAGGGCUAGGCUCCGCCCAGAUGUAGUAGUAGUAGGCGGGGCCAAACGGGCAAGCUUCGCCCUGGACAUGCCCCUGGGACAGGAUCUCCUCUCUGAUUGGAGGAUGAGACAUGGUGUCAUAGUGGGCGGGGUCGAAGACAAAUGGAAGUCCUCCCAAGCCUAUCAGAGCCCGGGAGCUCCCCUAAGCCCCGGCUCAGUGCGCGCCAAACGUAGCAACUCCCUCGACAUGGGUUCUUCUUCUUCUUCUGUUUCCAUUGCCACGACGACAACGGUUGCCCAGCGACAGUACAGCAGUCGCCGCGGUUACGCCAAGCGGCUGUCAGUCACCUGGACAAGGCGAAGUAAAUCGCUCCAUGGAAUGUUGGUACACUGCGCCUCGGCAACCAGCACCACUUCCUCGACGACCAGCGACGAGGGAAGCAUAAACGGGGAGUUUGCCGUAGUUCAACGUGGUUACAUCCACGCCUACAACAACACUAACUCUACGAGUGCUGGUAUCAAGGGCAAUGGGAACGAGAAAGAGAAAGGAGGGAAAGAGAAGACAGCCAGUGAUGAAGGGCUGGAGGAGAGUGUGGUGUAGAGAGGGAAAGAUAGAGAAGGAGGGAGAGAGAGAGACAGAGAGAGAGACAGAGAGAGAGACAGAGAGAGAGAGACAG